AUGUUCCAACACAGUGUCAACGGCGACAUCUUCUUCAAGGACAGGAAAAGCAAAGGGAGUCGGCUUCUAUUGCCUGGAUAUGGCCGCCCCCUGGACUUUUCGCCCACAGAGAAAAACAUAUACGGUGUUGAAAGCCGAAGCAUGUUUCCGUCCGCUCUGGACGAUCGGGACAUCGAAAACGGCUAUACGGAACUACCGGCUCAGACGUUGCGUGAAAUUGGGAUGAUGCGGGUGAUGGAAGACUUGACCGAUAUACCUGAAUGGUGGGAAAAGAUUAAUGACCCACGUACUGCUGACAGCUGGAAAGAGAAGGCCUUGGAUAGUGGAGCUGACAUCACCCCGAACAUGGCAAAUUGGAUUAUUGAUGAACUCAAAUUCAAAGCCAUGGUCUACGCUAUGAGUCAAGCUGUCGGUUUAUAUAACGGUUCCAUUACCAAAUCCGACUCGGUCAUGCUCCAGUCACUCCUUGAGAGAUUGCGAAUUGAUGUCAGAGAACUGGAUUACUCUGAGCCCGAGCUUCAAUUCUUCCACCCAGGUAUUUUGGGGAGGCAACGAGACCUUCUGGCAGUGGCACUCUACCCACUUGUGUACGGCAAGACUCGAAUACUGCCGGACCGAAUCCUGAAAUUGGAUGAGGCCUUGACUUUCGCUGGUCAGGGCGAGGUCAUUGGUGUGCCUAGAGAGUCUGGGCUGACCCGAGAGGACAUGGCCUGGCGAGUAGCGGCAAGAGAAGAUAUUCAAGUGCGGCCUUACAGUCGUAACUUUCAAAUGUUGCCAGCAGACCUCGAGCUUGGAGAAGACAGUCGUUGGCAUUUUGUUUCAUAUAUCAACAAUCUGCAUCCGGAGAAACAUCGCCAUAUUUAUAAGCUCAUUGAGGAUGCAUUUAACUGUAUCAUUCCGCAGUUGAACAUGGCCAUGACACCGCUCAAAGAUCCCCUCCACUCUCGUGCAAGAAUCGAGUAUCGCAAAGCUGAAUACCAUCCCAUCUCUGAGAAUGUUCGUCAUUCCGAGCCGCAAAUCAAGCCCAAAGAAACACAAAGUGAGUUUGAACAACGAUAUGAAACGUGGAGAGGUGAGAAUUUCGAAGCUGUUCAGCCUGAUGUGGGCACCUUUAUACCUUGGGCUGUGCCGCACGGUCUAGCAGGCAAGCUUCCUGCGGACUUGCCGAGCGCGGUUCGCAUAGAGCGGGAAGUGUCCUUGAAUGAUGACUACGGAAAUCGUGGACUUCAAGUCAUCACAAGAAUCAUCAGUAUUGAUCUCAACCCGGGCGAGCCCUACUGGCAAUCGGACUGGCACCUUGAUGGGCAAAUGGUGGGUACAUGGAAAGAACCCGUCCUUCCGGAAAGGAGACUCAGGCUUGCAAAACUGACGGUGGGAAAUUCGCAGAACGAACAUAUAUGUACCUCCGCAUACAUCAUGUUCGAAAAUGAUAACCUCGAAGAUCCUGUCAUCGAGUUUCGGAGCCAUGUCGAAAGAGUCGCACUAAGCGAGGUCGAACACGAUCCUCAAGACUUCAUCUGGUUGAAGCAAGUCUUUGGUCUCUGCAAUGGCGAACCGGCAAUACAACGUCCAGGAUCUAUCAAAUGCAGGGUAGGUCGCUCGGUCAUAUUUCCUAGCACUGUUCAAUAUCGAUUCACCCACUACGAGCUCAAAGACAAAUCGAGGGCUGGACAUGCCCGUGCAUUGGUCUUCUUCCUGAUCGAUCCCAACAUCCGGAUCAUCUCGACAGCUAAUUGCCCGCCUCAGCGGCUUGACUGGACUCUUGACAUCCGAGGGGACGAGGAGGAUAAGAAGGCGGCAAUGGUUGCCAUUGCUCUGGACAACCGUGACAAGAAAGACGCCAUGCCAAUGUCGUUGGAUGAGGCUUUGAAGCUAAGAUACGAGUUCUUGAGCGAGCUUAUCGAGUUCACAAAGUACCAGCAGGUCGCAUUUGAAUCGCCAAUCUUGGAGCUCUGA